AUGGCCACACCACCGAGCCCAGAAACGCAAGCUACACCUACCUUACCUUCAACACCAAACAAAGAUGUUGACCUCGAGCGCCUCCAACUCAAAGAACAGGUAGCAGUCAACACAGGCUCAGUGAUCAAAGGCCUAGGCUGGCUCGACCGUUUCCUCGCCCUCUGGAUCCUCCUCGCCAUGAUCAUCGGCGUUCUGCUCGGCAAUUUCGUCGAACAAACCGGGCCUGCGCUGCAAAAAGGGAAAUUCGUCGGCGUAUCUGUACCCAUUGCUCUUGGCCUGCUCGUCAUGAUGUAUCCCAUCCUGUGCAAGGUGAGGUACGAGACGUUGCAUCGGCUUUUCCGGACUCGUGCCCUGUGGAUUCAGAUUGGGUUUAGUGUUGUUGUGAAUUGGAUUGUUGCGCCGUUGUUGAUGCUUGGUCUCGCGUGGGCGUUCUUGCCGGAUAGGAGUGACCUCAGGACGGGAUUGAUUCUAGUAGGACUGGCGAGGUGUAUAGCUAUGGUGCUCAUCUGGACUGGGCUCGCCGGUGGAGAUGAAGAAUAUUGCGCUAUCCUAGUAGCAGUGAACUCGAUUCUGCAAAUGGUACUCUACGCCCCUCUCGCCAUUCUGUUUAUCAAGGUCAUCAGCCACGAGACGGGCACGGUAGCCGUUUCCUACGAAACAGUCGCCACAAGCGUUGCCGUCUUCCUCGGCAUACCUCUAGCCGCGGCAAUUGUGACGCGUCUCGUUUUGCGGAAGCUGGUCAGCCCAGAGUGGUACGAUGCCGUGUUUCUGAAGUGGCUGGCUCCGUGGUCACUCAUUGGCCUCCUCUACACUAUCCUCGUCCUGUUUGCUUCUCAAGGGCGCCAGGUCAUCCACCAAAUCGUGUCGGUCGUCCGGGUUGCAGCACCGCUUAUUGUCUACUUUGUGAUAAUCUUCUUCUUCACUUUGUGGGUGUGUAAUAAGCUUGGGUAUGGAUACAAGCUCGGGGCUACCCAGAGUUUUACCGCUGCGAGCAACAAUUUUGAGCUUGCUAUUGCUGUGGCUGUGGCUACUUAUGGUCCGGAUAGCGAUCAGGCACUUGCUGCUACUGUUGGCCCUCUUAUCGAGGUUCCUGUUUUGCUUGCUUUGGUAUAUCUGGUGCGAUGGAUGGGAAAUAGGUGGGCGUGGAGAAAGCCAUAG